GAACAACACUUUCCAUAACGGCUACAUUUUCGCACAAAAAAGUCACACCUCAACCUAAAAACGACAAAAAAAUAUUCACACUCCUUUAUUGCAAGAUCUUCCCUUUUCAGCAGACCGUUAUACUUCCCUUCUCCAUAAACCCCCAAACCCAUUUCAUUUCUCUCUUCCCCUCCGCCGCUUCAUCAUGACGGUCGCCGGCGCCGCCACCGUACGAACCAAGAGGAUCUUCAAGCUCACUCUCUCCCUUCUCGGCCUCGGCUUCAAUUCCUCCAAAUGUAAAACGGCGGCGAAAAUGGCCGUGGCGAGGAUUAAGCUUCUGAAGAACAAGAGGGAGGUUGUGGUGAGGCAGAUGCGACGCGACAUUGCGCUUCUUCUUCAAUCCGGUCAAGAUGCUACUGCUCGUAUCAGGGUUGAGCAUGUGAUGAGAGAGCAAAAUGUUUUGGCUGCAAAUGAGUUCAUUGAGUUGUUCUGUGAAUUAAUUGUGUCUAGACUCUCGAUUAUUGCAAAGCAAAGGGAAUGUCCAGCGGAUUUGAAAGAAGGAAUUGCUAGCUUAAUAUUUGCAUCCCCUAGGUGCUCAGAAAUUCCAGAACUGGUAUCACUUAGGAAAAUAUUUGAGAAGAAAUACGGAAGGGAUUUUGUAUCUGCUGCUACUGAUCUUAGGCCUAGUUGUGGUGUGAAUCGCCAGUUGAUCGACAAGCUCUCAGUACGCACACCUCCUGGUGAAGUAAAGUUGAAAGUAUUGAAGGAAAUUGCUAAGGAGCAUCAAAUUGAUUGGGAUACUGCAGAAUCUGAAAAGGAGCUUCUCCAGCCUCCAGAAGAGCUAAUAGAAGGGCAACGAACUUUUGUCAGUGCGAGCACCUUGCCAGUGAAGACUUCGACAGAUGUGUCAAUUGAAUCAAAUAAACAGCAAGCUACAAGAUUAUCCGGCGGUGGAAAUAGUGAUGCCAUGUAUUUUGAAGAUUCUAAGUCUGCUGCUGAAGCAGCAGCUGAGUCAGCAAAGAAAGCAAUUGCAGCUGCUGAGGUUGCUGCUUAUAUGGCUAUGAAGGACAAUAAUGAAGCCUCUCAACCAUAUUACAAUGAUAAAUUCUCUAAUGAUCCUGCAAAGUAUUCCCAGAAUAUGACUCAUAAAUCAACAACUGAGGACAGAGUGCAUAGGUCACAUAGCUUACCAAGGUCUGAUCACAUGAGCAAUGAUGAUACAGCUACCAUCCAGAUGUAUGAUGGAAAGGAAUAUAGAAGACACAGCUACCAUCCAGCUUCUGCACAUUCAGAUAUUAAGUUUGAUGAAUCAGAUUGUGAUGAAGAAAUUGAAGCAGAAGAACCUCCUCCGGUUACUCUGCCACCUAGAAGGCUUCCACCACCUGUACCUUCAUCUCUGGUUAAACAAGAUUCCAGCACUCGUGUUCAUCCUAAAUUGCCAGAUUAUGAUGAACUCACUGCUCGUUUUGAUUUGCUAAAAUUCAAAAAGUCGCAGUUCUGAAACCAACUGAGCAAUAUAUUCUUUGUAAUUCAUUCAUUUAUAUAAAUACAUAUAAGAUAAUACCAUAGAUUGGUAUGUAUGGUUGUGCCACACAGGAAAUUUGUACUAUUUGAUUAGAAUAUAUGAAUUGUAUUAUUUUUCCUAUUAAA